AUGCCGACCUUUGGAGGUCUCCUCAAAAGGAAGAAGACCAAGGAGUCUUCGGAUGAUAAGUCUGCCGCCGCUGGUGGAGCUGCAGGCUAUCAACCCAUUCAAUACAAGUCUUCACAUAAGAGUGAAACCCCAACAUCUCCCGUUUCCUCCAAAACCGCGCAAUCAAAUGCUACUACCUCUGCCACUUCUCAAGCCACCACCACCGUCACCUCUUCGCCCGAUCCAAAUGCCAAAGCUUCCGAGACCAACGGUGACAUGAAUCUUGCCAAAAUCGUCAGCCCUCAGGGUGGCACGGUUGACGGCAAAGGUGCCGCCCGACAAACAAAGGGUAAAUAUACCCUGACCGAUUUCACCCUGCAGCGAACACUGGGUACAGGGUCUUUCGGUCGAGUCCACUUGGUUCAGUCCAAGCAUAAUCAGCGUUUCUAUGCCGUCAAAGUGUUGAAGAAGCAACAGGUGGUCAAGAUGAAGCAGAUCGAACAUACCAAUGAUGAGAGGAAGAUGCUGCAACGAGUCAAGCAUCCCUUCCUCAUCACGCUUUGGGGCACAUUCCAAGAUUCAAAGAACCUCUACAUGGUCAUGGAUUUCAUCGAGGGUGGUGAGCUGUUUAGCUUACUCCGCAAGUCACAGAGAUUCCCAAAUCCCGUCGCCAAAUUUUAUGCCGCAGAAGUCACCCUUGCACUCGAAUACCUCCAUGCCCAAAACAUCAUCUACCGAGAUCUGAAACCUGAAAACUUGCUUCUGGACAGACAUGGUCAUGUCAAGAUCACUGAUUUUGGCUUUGCGAAAGAGGUUCCAGACAUUACAUGGACCCUUUGUGGGACUCCAGAUUAUUUGGCACCAGAAGUGGUGGCCUCGAAGGGAUACAACAAGUCGGUAGAUUGGUGGUCCCUUGGAAUCUUGAUCUUUGAAAUGCUUUGUGGUUUCACACCGUUCUGGGAUGGCGGUUCACCCGUCAAGAUUUAUGAAAACAUCUUGAAAGGGCGUGUCAAGUAUCCGCCCUACAUUCAUCACGAUGCCCAGGAUCUGUUGGUGCAAUUGAUCACCUCUGAUUUGACCAAGAGAUUGGGCAAUUUACACGAAGGUCCAGCUGCCAUUAAGAACCACCCGUGGUUUGCCGAGGUGACCUGGGAACGGUUGGUGAAGAAAGACAUUGACGCACCCUACGUACCUCCAGUCAAGGGAGGUGCUGGUGACGCAAGUCAAUUCGACAAAUAUCCUGAAGAGACAGAAGAGUAUGGCAAGAAAUCAGAUGACCCGUAUGGUCACUACUUUACCGAUUUCUGA